CAGCUGACAACGAGACGAGAGAGAACGACGCCAUUUUUUAUUUCAUUUGAUAAACGACAGCUGGAUGUGUGCUUCGCUUUUGUCGUUGUAUUUUAAAUAUAGUUUUGUGUAGAUUAUUAUACACAUUAUUUAUGAAUUCAUGCUAAUCAUCUAACUAUAAAAUAAUAACUACUUGGCUUCCUAAUGGCAGGAAACCCACAGACCAAGGCUGAUGCCCUGCCAGAUUUAGACGACUUACUACAGUGUCCAGUGUGUUAUGAGAUCCCCACAGGUCAAAUCUUCCAGUGCAAUGAAGGACAUCAUGUUUGUGGACGAUGCAAAGCGCGUCUUGACAUGUGUCCUGUUUGUCGGGCAUUGUUUUUUGGAACACGGAACUAUGCUAUGGAAGAACUCAUUGCUAAUGUGAGAAAACUACGGGCUUUUAAAUUGGGUGGUAAAAUCACCACAGGCACGGAUAUUACAGAAACACCUGAACCAGAGAAUUCUACUGCUAUAAUUGUUAACAACAGACCUGAAGAGGAAGGAAAUAAUGAUGAUGUUUCAGAAAGUUCUGCGGGCCCACCACAAGCCUGCAAAGGUUUGUUCCGUUGUCUCUGCUGCAAGAAUGGCAAUGGUGAAAGGCUUCCAGCUGCACGUUUGCUCAAUCAUCUGCGGUAUUAUCAUGCACCUGAUCUCCUUGAGGGACAAUCAGAAAAUGGUGAAUAUCUACAACUUUGGCAAUUUUCAACCGCACCGGGAAGGAUUGUGACAGCAGUGCGGGUAUCAGAUAUGGGUAUAUUUUUCCUGAUUAUUGAAAUGACAAGUGAUUCCAUCUCCGCAUGGCUGUCAAUGGCUGCCUCACCAUGGGUUGCUCAUGUUUUCUCUUAUACUGUCACUAUAUCAGGAAAUGAUCGUGAAGCAAUAUUUUCAGACUGUGUGUGGUCAGUGAGAUCUUGUGAAGGGUCUCUUAAAAAACGUGGACACUGUUUGAUGCUGAAUGGGCUAGAUGCGCGCGCGCUGCUGGCGCCAGCGUCCAUCAGCGGCAAGCUGUCGAUCCGCCGCACGCCGGCCGACCAGCUGGCCAACCAGGCGCAGCCGCGCGCCGUGCUGCGGGUCGCCAGUCGCGGGAACGCACAAGAAAAUGGACAUGCCACUGUAUCCCACGACUUAGAGCCCUUUCUUCAAGGUUUGCAAAAUGACGUCGCUAGAUUGUCUCGUGCGUUUGCGACGCUCGGCCGGGAGGCUAACGCUCUAGUCCGUUCUGAAGCUGAAAUAAGGGCAAGAAUCGAAAAUGAUUCGAGGUCUAAUCAAAACCCGUCUUCUGCAGGCAUUGAACGCUCGACCGUAGCCGCAGUUACUGAGCCACAAGUAGCUACUUCUAAUAAUCAAUCUGACGUUCAACGCGUGCAAAUGUCACGUAACGCGCGCAGACGAAUGCGCCAGAGGUUGAGGGCGGCCCUGAACGCGACGCAGCCGCCGGCCGAUGUAGGAACUGAUCAACGCGCUAAUGGACUGGCGACAUCUCAGCGACAGAAUGGUCAUGUAAUGAAUGGUCCUGUCCAUUUUAUAACAGGAUUAGCUAUUGUGGAUAACCAGCCUCCAGUGCCGCCGACGAUCAGCAACCGCACUAACAGGAGACGUCGUCAUCGUAGAUAAAUAAGUUCACAAGUAAUUAGUUGUAAGUAGUGUUGAGGACAUUAUGUUUGACAUUGUUAUUGACUGCUCUUUUAGAGUUAAUUAUCUGGGGUUUCCUACUGGAAUUCAUAUUGUAAAUAUCUUCGUCUUUUGACAACCGCAAUUUUUACAAGUGCUGUGAUAAUAAGUAUGUAAAGCAUGGUGACUACAUGCUGAUAGAAAUGAAACAAUACUUAAUUGAUUACUUAAUUAUCCCCAGAUUUAGUAAUCUUUGUGAUUGCAUAGAUUCAUAAAGUAAUGCAAUUUGUUAUAUUUAACAUUGUUUCAGUUAUGAAAUGCAUUUUAUGUAAUAUUUUUGAUUUAUUAUUGACAUAGGAUAUUAAUUUGACUAAUGUAAUUGAUGAAUGUGCUUGUUUUUAUUAUUCACACAAUCGUGAUUUUUAGUAGAAAUUACCUACUUAAUGAAUACCAAUAUAAUUAUAAAAUAUCCUUGUUAUUGAACUUGACAAAAAUAAAUAUUAAGGAAUCUCCCAACUUAUUUUUAUUUCAGUGGUGAUUUCUAACGCGAUUUAAACUAUUUCCGUGGAUAGCCGUAAUUACAGUCUACAGUUUUACUUUCUUGAAGUAAAAUUAAAAGAGCCUUCUGUCUCCUGUUUAUCAACCAAUUUGACCAAUAAAUUUUUGGUAUUGCAAUGGCAAAACAAUGUAUUUCGCAUGGAAUUAGUAGGUACCCUGCACGAAGUACUUACUAAAUCCAUGGUAUUUCCUCAAAAAUCCAUUUUCUUCACUUUGUUGACAGGCUAGUUUACAGCAUUGAGGUUUACUACAGACCAUAGCCUAAAU